CACAUCAUUAGACCUAUUUUUCAUCAUCUGAGGAGAGAGAGAGAGAGAGAGACAGUAGAACAUAAUUCGAAGUGCAACCUGUCCAAAGAAGCUCACUUUACAGUUUCAUCGGUCAACGAUUUCUUGCUAUAUCAGAUAGAAAAAGGACUUGAUCUGACAAUGAAAUUGACGCCAAGAGAAAUCGAAAAAUUAGAUCUUCACAAUGCUGGGUUCUUGGCACAAAAGCGUCUUGCUCGUGGCUUAAGGCUCAAUUACACUGAAGCAGUAGCACUCAUAGCCACACAGAUUUUGGAGUUUGUUAGAGAUGGUGAUAAAACUGUGGCAGAGUUGAUGGACAUAGGGAAACAACUCCUCGGAAGGAGGCAAGUUCUUCCUGCUGUUCCACAUCUCUUGGAUACAGUACAGGUUGAGGGGACCUUUCCUGAUGGGACUAAGUUAAUCACCAUCCACGACGCAAUUUCUAGUGAAGAAGGAAAUCUGGAGCUAGCUUUACGCUGUUCUUUUCUUCCAGUCCCUUCAUCAGAAAAGUUUACUAGGACAGAAGACGAUGUUCAUCCUGGUGAAAUAAUCUGUAGAAGUGGAGAUAUUACCCUUAAUCCUUACAGGAGAGCAGCAGUACUCAAAGUUAUCAAUACAGGAGACAGACCGGUUCAGAUUGGCAGCCACUACCACUUCAUUGAGGUUAAUCCGUCGUUGGUUUUUGAUCGAAAGAAAGCAUAUGGCAUGCGCCUCAAUAUACCAGCUGGAACUGCCACAAGAUUCGAGCCUGGGGAAAACAAAAGUGUCAAACUUGUAAGCAUUGGGGGUAAGAGAGUGAUCAGAGGAGGUAAUGCCAUUGUAGAUGGUCCGGUCGAUGAUGCGAAGUGGGAAGAAGUGUUAGAAGCUUUAAGUGCAAGAGGAUUUGGAAAUAACGAAGAAGAAAAUGCAAGUGAAGGUAUUACCGGAGAAAACUUGGAUUUCACUGCAGUAAUUUCUCGAGAGGCAUAUGCCAACAUUUAUGGCCCCACUACUGGAGACAAAAUUCGGCUUGGCGAUACUAACUUGUAUGCCGAAAUAGAAAGGGAUUUUGCUGUUUAUGGUGAUGAAUGUGUGUUUGGAGGUGGGAAAGUUAUAAGAGAUGGGAUGGGACAGGCAUGUGGGUACCCACCGGAUGGCGCUCUUGACACUGUCAUAACUAAUGCUGUGAUAAUUGAUUAUAGUGGAAUAUUUAAGGCAGAUAUUGGUAUCAAAGAUGGUCUUAUAGUUUCCCUUGGGAAAGCUGGGAAUCCAGAUAUUAUGGAUGGUGUAUUUUCAAACAUGAUCAUUGGGGUUAACACCGAGGUUAUUGCGGGAGAAGGAAAGAUCAUAACUGCAGGGGCCAUAGACUGUCAUGUGCACUUUAUAUGCCCUCAAUUGGCCUAUGAAGCUAUAGCAAGUGGAAUCACAACGUUGGUGGGAGGUGGAACCGGACCUGCUGAAGGGACUCGUGCAACAACUUGCACCCCAGCACCAUCGCAUAUGAAAUUGAUGUUGCAGUCAACAGACGAUCUGCCUCUAAAUUUUGGUUUCACGGGAAAAGGAAACAGUUCUACACCUGAUGAGCUACAUGAGAUAAUCAAGGCUGGGGCAAUGGGACUGAAGCUGCAUGAGGACUGGGGAACCACCCCUGCAGCCAUAGACAAUUGUUUGGCUGUUGCAGAACAACAUGACGUCCAGGUUAAUAUACACACAGAUACUUUGAAUGAAUCGGGAUUUGUGGAAAACACAAUUGCUGCUUUUAAAGGAAGAACAAUUCAUGCUUAUCAUAGUGAGGGCGCAGGUGGAGGUCAUGCUCCUGAUAUUAUUAGAGUAUGUGGUGUGAAAAACGUCUUGCCUUCAUCAACAAACCCCACACGCCCCUUCACCUCAAAUACUAUAGAUGAACAUCUUGACAUGCUGAUGGUUUGUCAUCACCUUGACAAGAAUAUUCCAGAAGACGUAAAAUUUGCAGAUUCACGAAUAAGGGCAGAGACAAUCGCUGCAGAAGAUAUUUUGCAUGAUAUGGGAGCAAUCAGCAUUAUAUCUUCCGACUCGCAGGCUAUGGGACGCAUUGGGGAGGUGAUAGCUAGAACUUGGCAAACUGCUCACAAGAUGAAGUCACAAAGAGGGUCAAUUGAUCCAAAUGGAUCAAACAAUGACAACCUUCGGAUCAAACGAUACGUAGCAAAGUACACAAUAAAUCCAGCAAUAGCUAACGGGAUUUCUCAAUAUGUUGGCUCAGUUGAGGUGGGUAAGUUGGCUGAUCUUGUACUAUGGAAGCCGUCCUUUUUUGGGGCAAAACCUGAAAUGAUCAUCAAAGGCGGUGUAAUUGCAUGGGCUAAUAUGGGUGAUCCUAAUGCAAGCAUCCCCACACCUGAACCGGUGCUUAUGAGGCCCAUGUUUGGAGCAUUUGGCAAGGCUGGUAGUACCAACUCUAUUGCUUUUGUCAGCAAGGUCGCUGCAGACAAUGGAAUUAAAAACUUAUAUGGUCUGCAAAAGAGUGUGAGGGCAGUGAACAAUGUGAGAAAGCUCACGAAACUCGACAUGAAGCUCAAUGAUGCCCUUCCAAACAUCACGGUUGACCCUGAGACAUACAUGGUUACAGCAGACGGUGAGGUUCUCACCUGUGAUGCAGCCACCACUGUUCCUUUAUCCAAGAAUUACUUCCUCUUUUAGGGUCCUUGUCAAUUUCCCUUCUUAACUUCGGUCAUUGUAGUUAAAUAAGUCUUGACCGAUCGAAAUAAGUUGUGAUCGUUUGUACGGGAAAAGAUAGUUCGUUGUAAAAAGAAGAAGAGAAUUGAAUAAAGAUUUUUCUCUCUCUCAUCCGUCUCUUAGAAGUGAUAGAGAGAAAUGCUAUAUACUACCACUAGUGAUCAUAACCACAUCAUUUCAGUUAAUUACA